AUAAAUGGUUGUAACGAAAAGGAAAUUUUAUCGUUCGUUAAGGAUUUAACGAAUUUUUUAUCGAUUUUUUUCCAAUUCCAGCCCUUUAAAGCUAGUACUUGCUGUUAUUUUAACGCCAUUUCGACGGUUAUUGGGUUUUUAACUUUUCGCAAAUUAUUAAUUGCAUGCUUUAUAGCUUCGCUAAAUUAA